AUGAGAGAAGACCAAAGGCUCGAGCUGAUAAAACUCUUCUUCAAGGAAAAGGGGCUGGUCAGACAGCACAUAGAAUCAUACGAUUACUUCGUCAACCACGAAAUAAAGGCACUGAUCAAAGCAAACCAGGUGGUCGACUCAGACAUUGACCAUACAUUCUAUCUUAAAUAUCUAGACAUCCGUGUUGGAAAAUCAAGUAUAGAAGAGAGUAUGGUGAAGUACAAUGUGUUUCCAAUCGAAUGCAGACUGAGAGACAUUACAUACUCUGCAGAUAUAUAUGUAGAUGUUGAAUACGUCAGAAAUGGACAAAUUGUGGUGAAAAGAGAUGUUUGUAUUGGAAAGAUGCCUGUGAUGCUGAGAAGCAGCAAAUGCCAUCUCAAUACAGAGUGCACAGGAGUAAUUGAGAGUAAAGAUGCAAAAUCAAAGAAAAUCAGGGAAUCCCAGGAAUGCCCUUUGGAUGUCGGUGGAUACUUUGUGAUCCGGGGAAUUGAACGGGUAAUUCUAAUACAAGAGCAAUUAUCUAAAAACAGGAUAAUCAUUGAGUCUGGAGCAAAGGGAUUGUUUGCAUCGGUAACUUCUUCUACAGAUGAGCAUAAGAGUAAAACAUCUGUAACAGUCAAAGAUGAUUGUUACUACCUGAAGAGUUCGAUGUUUAAUGAGGAGGUACCUGUUGUGAUAGUGAUAAAGGCGCUUGGGCUUGUACAAGAUAGAGAAAUAGCAGAAUGUGUGGGAAAGGAGUAUUUUGAUAUGAUGGUGCCUAGUUUUGGAGAAUGCAUGGCAAAAGGUGUAUUUACAAGUCAACAGGCAUUGCAGUAUAUUGGAAAUUGCAUAAAGCUGAAACAAGAUGAAUGUAAGAUUGAUGAGGUUCGUACGAUUCUUUCGGAAAAGAUCCUGCCGAAUGUUCACAUUGAUGGAUGUGACAUGAGGAAGAAGGGCUUGUACAUAUCGUUUAUGAUAAGGAGAUUGACACAAACAAGAUUAGACAUUCUAAAGGAGGAUGAUAAGGACUUUGUAGGCAAUAAAAGAUUUGAACUUGCAGGCCAGCUACUGUCGAUCCUGUUUGAAGACACAUUUAAGAGAUUCAACUUUGAACUGAAGAAGUCUAUUGACAAGAUUCUAAGCAAAAGGACGCGUGCACAAGAGUUUGAUGCAUUAACGUUUUUGAGCCUCCAAGCAAACAUGAUUACAUCAACACUUUCAAGAGCAAUCUCAACAGGCAACUGGAACCUUAAAAGAUUUAGAAUGGAAAGAAGCGGAGUGACACAUGUUCUAUUAAGGCACUCGUAUAUAUCUGCUCUUGGGAUGAUGACAAAGAUCAACUCUCACUUUGAAAAGACACGAAAGGUCAGUGGGCCUCGCUCACUACAUACGUCUUCAUGGGGGAUGCUCUGUCCUGUUGAUACGCCUGAAGGAGAGUCAUGCGGCCUUGUGAAGAAUCUUGCAUUACUCGCAGAAAUAACCACAGAUUCUCAUAUCAAGCCAAUAAUGGACCUGAUCUUUAGAUUAGGUGUUGUACAGAUAGAAGCAGUAUACACACGAGAGAUUCAUGCAAAUGACGUUUAUAGUGUGUUUAUAAAUGGAGACAUAAUUGGAAUAACCAAUCGAGUGGAUUUUGUUGUUAAUCAAUUUAAGCUCUAUAGAAGAAAGGGAUUGAUUGGAAGAUUUGUAUCGAUAUAUAAAGUAACAUCAGAAAGGGUUGUUCAUAUAGCAUCUGAUAAUGGAAGAAUAUGCCGUCCACUUAUUGCUAUUGAUAAAUAUAGAAAGAAUAUAGAUAUUAUUCAAGACUCUGUAGCAGAUGCUUUUCAGAGGCUUGGUAUUGGAGAUAGAAUGUCUGAUUCAAUUCCUGAGGAUAUUAAGAAGAGCCAUAGCGGCUUUUUUGAUUACUACCUCAAGCAUAAAUCUUUUUCAGAUCUCCUGGAAGAGGGGUUUAUUGAAUACCUUGAUGCGAACGAGGAGAAUGAUUGUCUUGUGGCGCUGAAGCCAGAAGAUAUUAAAGAUGAAACAACACACCUCGAGAUCUCUGAAUUUGCGAUUCUUGGAUAUGUCGCAGGACUUGUUCCAUUCCCACAUCACAAUCAGAGCCCAAGAAAUACAUAUCAAUGUGCAAUGGGUAAACAGGCAAUUGGACACAUAGCUUUGAACACAAAGAAGAGGUUUGAUUCAGUAAUACUCCAGCUAACAUACACACAUAGGCCAAUGGUUUCCACAAAGAUCCUUGAUCUGAUAAGUUAUAAUGAAAUGCCUGCGGGGCAGAAUGCAAUGGUUGCUGUGAUGAGCUAUUCUGGAUAUGACAUUGAAGAUGCACUGAUUCUUAACAAGGCGUCGAUAGAUCGAGGCAUCUUCCGUGUGGAGGUUUAUAAAACAAAUACAGCUUUUUUGAAGAAGCAUGGGAAUGGAAUUCCUGAUAUGCUCAGCCCAAAUCCAAACGAAAGUGUUUUGGAUGUUGAUGGACUUGGAAAACCUGGAAAGAUAGUUAAGGAUGGAAGUGUAUAUGUUAACAAAAUGUCGCCUGCCGAUGGGACAUACAAGUUCACAGGAAAAGUGCACCGAGGGGAACCUGUAUACAUAGAUAAGGUGCUAAUAACGAAGUCACAAGACCAAACAUUGAUAAAGACAAUGAUGCGACAGACAAGACCACCGGAAAUAGGAGACAAGCUGAGCAGUAGACAUGGGCAGAAGGGAGUUAUAGGUCUGAUUGUAAAACAGGAAGAUAUGCCUUUCAAUGACCAGGGGAUUGUUCCUGAUAUAAUAAUGAAUCCGCAUGGAUUUCCUUCUAGGAUGACUGUUGGAAAGAUAAUAGAGCUGAUCUCUGGAAAGGCGGGAGUAUUGGAAGGAAAGAUUGCAGACAGCACGGCAUUUAAACAAAACUUGGUUGAGGAAACAUGUGAGCUUCUAGUAAGAAAUGGAUAUAGCUAUUCUGGAAAGGAUUGCUUUACAAGUGGUACAACAGGUGCGCCUCUGAUGGCAUAUAUAUUCUUUGGACCUGUGUUUUACCAGAGGCUUAAGCAUAUGGUUGCUGACAAGAUCCACAUGAGAGCGCGAGGACCAAGAGCAAUAUUGACAAGACAGCCUACAGAAGGAAGAAGUAAAGAUGGAGGACUGCGAUUGGGAGAAAUGGAAAGAGACUGCCUGAUAGGGUAUGGUGCAUCAUCACUUAUUGUAGAAAGGUUGAUGGUGUCUUCUGAUGCGUUUGAAGCGUAUGUGUGCAAGUCAUGCGGAGUGUUGGCAUUCAAAGGAUGCUGUGUUGCUUGUAAAAGCACUACACCUUCUGUUGUAACAAUUCCAUAUGCAUGUAAGCUUCUGUUUCAGGAGUUGAUGUCAAUGAACAUUCUUCCUCGACUGCACAUUGAAUGA